AGGACAGAGACACUCAACCACAGCCGCCACACCGACUGUGUGUGUAGGAAGUUUUUCCCAGCGGCUCGCCGUACCCAUGAUGAUGAUGUCAUGGAGAUCAUGUGAUUGGGCCAGACCGGAGUCACCGAGCUGCAGCCCGGCAGGAAGCUGGCAGAGAGCAGGGAGAGGCAGGACUGGAGGCCGUUUCCCUGAUAUGCGGCUGCCGUGAGUGUCCACGCGACUCCCCGAUUACAAGAAGGAUAAGCGAUUGCAGAACCUCUUUGCUUCGUGGACUGUUGUAUAUAAAUACAGAGACUUGCCUUUCAAAAUUUAAAUAUGGCUAAUCGAGGAGGAGCCACCAGACCCAAUGGACCAAAUGCUGGGAAUAAAAUCUGUCAGUUCAAGCUCGUCCUCUUAGGAGAGUCAGCGGUGGGAAAGUCCAGCCUAGUGCUGCGUUUUGUAAAGGGACAGUUUCACGAAUUCCAAGAAAGCACAAUCGGAGCCGCAUUUCUCACCCAGACGGUCUGCCUUGAUGAUACAACAGUAAAGUUUGAAAUUUGGGAUACAGCUGGUCAGGAAAGAUACCACAGCCUAGCUCCAAUGUACUACAGGGGAGCCCAAGCUGCAAUAGUUGUAUAUGACAUCACGAAUGAGGAAUCAUUUGCAAGAGCAAAGAACUGGGUGAAAGAACUUCAGAGACAAGCAAGCCCUAAUAUUGUAAUAGCUUUGUCUGGUAACAAAGCAGAUCUGGCUUCCAAGCGAGCUGUGGACUUUCAGGAGGCUCAGGCUUAUGCAGAUGAUAAUAGCUUGUUGUUUAUGGAGACUUCUGCCAAAACAUCCACAAAUGUGAAUGAAAUAUUCAUGGCAAUAGCCAAGAAGCUUCCCAAGACUGAACCACAGACUGGUGGAGGCAACACUGUCAGAGGAAGAGGAGUAGACCUUACCGAAACUGCACAACCUAGCAAAAGUCAAUGCUGUAGUAACUAAGCCUUCAUGUACUUUUAAACUGUAUUGAUAUUCUCUUGCUUCCUAAUUGUUAAAAUAACAAUUGAGUGUUUAACCUUUUCAGCCUCGGUGCCGACCCUUCAACGCAAUGCGUUACAAGUCUCCCUGGCAGUAAUUACAAUAACAUGCCCAGUAAAAACUUUAAAGGGAGAGAGAGACUUUGCAGUGUUGUCUCACUCGUAAUACAGCGUCCUUUAA